ACUCCAAAAUCAUUUGAGGUAUGUGUAUGGAAUCCUGUUACGAAACAUACGCGCAGAGUGAAGAACAUCCAUUUUGAUCUGUUUCGUCGACAACGGCGCAAGCAAAAUGUCGGCUCAUAAAACAUUUAUUAUCAAGCGAAAGCUUGCUAAAAAGCUGAAGCAAAACAGGCCGAUUCCCCAGUGGGUAAGAAUGCGUACAGGCAACACGAUCAGGUACAAUGCGAAGAGGCGUCACUGGAGGAGAACUAAGUUGAAGCUGUAAACAUGUUAUUACAUGUGUUUACCUAGCUUCUAUGACGAUGUAUUAAAUGUUCAUUCUUAAAUAAAUUCUCACUUUGACAGUCAGAUAAA